AAACAUUGCCUUUGGAGGUUAGAAAUUUUUAAAAGUUAUUGAUCAUUAGUUUUGAUUGUAGUUUCCUACCAAAAAAAUGAAAAUGGUUGUAGAAGAAAAGGAUUUCAAACUUAAACCAUUAAAGUGUGAACUCAACUAUCUUAGUAAAUCAGAUGGGUCUGCAAUUCUUUCUCAAGGUGAAACAGUAGUUGUGGUAAGUGCAAAUGGUCCGCUAGAUAUUAAGACCACAAGCCAAAGCAUAGAGAAAGCAACUCUUGAAGUGUUGUUCAGUAGUAAAGGUGGCAAACCAUCAGUAGCAGACAGAUACAAAGAGAAUGUGAUAAAACAAACAUGUGAAACAGCAAUACUAGGGUGUUUGUAUCCACGUACCGGGAUCACCAUAACAAUACAGGAGCUUGAAGAUUAUGGUGGACUACUGACAUGUGCAAUAAACUGCACAUGCUUGGCUCUCCUCAACUCGGGGGUGUCGAUGAGACAUUUGGUGGCAGCGGUGGGAUGCGCUGUUGACGAAGUCGGCAAUCUUAUUCUGGAUCCUAACUAUGCACAAGUGCAAAAUGCGAAAGCGUUACUGUAUUUUGUGUUCGACAAUCGAGAUAAAAAUCUCGUUACAGGUUUCACGGAGGGAAGUUUCAGCGAGCACACAUACGAGGAGGCGAUGGCGCGGUGCCGGCUCGCCAGCGACCUCGUUUUCAAGUUCUACAGGGACAUCGUCACCACUUACUCUAAUGUUAUUUAAUAAAAAAAUAUUAUUA